CACUUCAUAUUUCAUUAAUUGCCAGAUAUUCUUCAGCAUUAGGAAAUGAAGUCAGCUGUACAUUUUUUCUAUGGACUUCUAGCUCUUUUGUAUUUGUCAAUGGUAGAAUUUCUCCAUUAAAAGAUCCAGUUAUGCUAAAGCACUUUCUCUAGCCAAAUUAUCAUUUGGAAAACUUAGUAGUGCUUUUGAUAUUGACUUACCAAGAAAACGUUUGUUCAUUUGUUUACAGGCUGCUGGCACCCUUAAUGAGGCAUAAGGUAAUUAUCUCUAUUCCCCUCAGAGAUUAGAGGCUUUCUGUAGUUGCUAUGUGUAAAAUCAGGACAAAUGGGUAUGAAAAAGAAGUAGACAAGUUUAUGAUGAGUAUUUCCAUCAGUGACUAUUAAAUGGUUAGGAAGCAGUACUGAUACAGGAAGUCCCUGAACUGUUGAUUUACUUUGUAUCAUACAUGAUGGUACUCUGAAGGACAGGAUACUGAGCUCAGAUGAAUUUUUGUUUAGCUCUUUGCAGCAUUUCUUAUCUUCCCACUGGAAAGGCUGUAAUCGGAGUGCUUUUGCAGUUAUUCCUGUGUGGUUGGAUCUUGAUCUUAAUAUCAUCAAACUGGCCUGACAGGAAUGAACAAAAAGUCAGGCAAGGGGCCAACAGGGCUGUAAUUCUGCUGCCCCAAGACAAUGCUUGUGGCUGCUUAGUUAGGUUGAUUUCCUCUUUGGCAGAAUAUGUCUCAGCUUAGUUAAGGUUCUUAAUUCCUCAUAGCAUGAAGCUUAGCACUGAGCAUGAAUUUGACCUCUGAGAAGAAAAAAGAUAAUUAUAAGUAUGUGCAAAGCAGAUCAUUAAUUGCUACCGAUGCAGAGAUUAAACUUUUCGAUGAAAAAUUAGAGGUUCUUAUUGGAGCUCUGUACUUUUGAACAAGUUAUUUAACACUGAAUUAACGAUGCUUACAGAGUCCCUCCUUCUCAGAAGGUGUGGUUGGCUCUUGCUUUGAUUUCUGUGCUCCUCAAAAGAAAGAAACAAAGCUUUUAGGAAUGAUAUACUGGUUUGGAACAAUACAACUAUAUUUUCAGUAUCAGGUUUUUUUCCACUACUCUGUCAUUCCUCGUGCAGAAGAAGCCACAAAGUGGAUGCAUUUUCUUAUCUCCUAACUUCAAGCUCAUCAUCACACUUUGGAAGGACGAGCUACAAGACUGAUUGGGUAAUAAGGUAAGCGAUCAGUUGGUCUAUCAGGGCAAUAUUUAUUUUCAAUCUAAAUCUAUUUCUAGGCAUAGAGCUAUAAGAAGCAUCCUUCCAUAGAAGGAUGUUUGAGCCAUACGCUCAAACACACAUCAGCAUUGUCUUUAGAUACAGUUACACGCAUACUGACAUAGCACUUGUGACAUAGAAGCAAUUUACCCCUUGGAAAUUGUGAGAAAAUGGAGUAUAAGCUUCAAGAAAGGCAGAUAUGCACAUGUGGUUGUAGAAUGGGAUUUUACUUUUUUUAUUUUCGUGUUUGCUGAAACAAAACAGAACUAGGGGAGAGCUUGAUAUAGAUGACAAGAAAACAUCUUUCAGGAUCAAUGUGAUCUAUCUAAGGUACAAGUGUGUUGGUGUGACAAUGUAAGCUUCACUACAUUGUUCUGUUAAUAUUCCUCAGCAUGGAUCUGGGAAGCAAAUUGCCUGUACAAAUGUGUUGCUUAAUGCUGUGGCUUAUUCAGCCCUUAAUUUGUCUUCUGAGGAUACCAGUAAGCAAUUCAAUUAGUGUUGAUUGUUAGGUUGUUUUCCUGUUAAACAAACCUCUGUCACUUACAAACUGUACUAAAUGUUUGAAAUGUAAACACAGCCUGGAAGUGAAUUUCAAGUUAGGAAAUGCAAAAGCCUUUGGGAAAAAAUAUAAGCUGUAGAAUGUAAUAAAUCUUAGAAGAAAGACAGAUCAGUCCAUUUGUAUUUAAAGUAAGUAAAUAGAAGCCUUUUUCUAUAGGUAACAGAUCAACCACAACACAGUGAUCUCAGAAAGAUUCCUUGAGUAAUUUGUGGUAGAAGAUCUGCUAUAAGUCUUAUAGGUAUGUCUGAUCUAUAUCAUCCAUGCCAAGAUCCUUCUAUAGUUAUAGCAUUUAGUACUUAUUUCCUACAAAAUCAUAGGAAAAUCAUGCAGAGUAACACCUAUCCUGAUUUUUGUCCGAGUUAGUUGUGAUCUAUCUGUUAGAUCAGUCCCUUUGCAUGAGGAUGGAUGACCACAUAACCCUUUGUUACAGGAUUUGUUGUACCAUCUGCGAUCUUCAGUUGUGAUUGAUUGCAAGAUCUUUAUUAGGCCAAAGACUGAAGGUGCUUGAUGGCUACAAUAGUGUUAUGCUCAGCUUACAAAGAUAAAACGCUGUAAGAUGUGGCAUGAUUUAUAAUGAACUAUAGCAAAAGGAAAUUUUUUUAUAUAGAUUAGAGAAGCAAAAGAGGAUGUUGGAUGUGAUACUUCUGGGAAAUUCAGGAUUUGAACUCUUUGCUUGGACAUUUUAAUUAAAGAUACAUUUUUAUUGCUUCUCUUUUCUUUGGCAGACCACAAUUAAAUUAAUUUGGAUGGGCUUGGUUUGAAUUUGCUGAAAAGGUGACAAGAAAACAAAUAUUACCAAAGCAGCUCUUUCACCAAUAGGAUUUGUGGCUGUCAUUCUCAUGGUAAUUUCCCUGCUGAAGAGGUUACUCUGGAGGAUGCACUGUACCAAAUCAUAGCCUAAUAAAUUAUAGGCUGAACGAGCAUAGUAUAAACUGCUUAUUAGUAGCUAGUAAGAGAGCUCAGCCAUAUUUAGGCUUAAAGAAUUUAGUGGAGGCUGAAAGAGUUUAGUGGCAAUGAUUUACCACUUCUGGCUUUUAACAUGAUGUUUUGGGCAGACAUGAAAAAGACCUCUUUGUGAAUGUCUCUCUGUAAGAUAUCUGCCUAAUGUUGCACAAGAAACCUGGGGUAGAACAAUAAAUUAAGCUCAGGACUUUCUUACUCCAGCUUGGUCUGCCAAACACAAUCCCAUCUCAUUGGUCUGCACAUCCACCUAUUAGAAAAGAAAAUUUUAUUCCCAAAAAGCUUUCCAUAGGAAAAUGCUAGAAGGGGGGACUUGUAGGAGUUAUGGUAUCUUAUGAAAUUGUCAGUUAUGUCACCUAGUUCCCUCACAUUAUUGUUUUUCUACAUGGCUCUUUGCAGCUUGUCUGUUUCCCAAGCAGGUCUGCAGGGAAGAUGCUGGUGCUGAACUGUUCCAUUAAACUGCAGAUGCUGGAGAAAAUGUUAAUGUGGAGCUUCCCUGAGUCCCUCAAGGUUUAUGGAGCUGUGAUGAAUAUCAACCGAGGGAAUCCCUUCAGGAAGGAAGUGGUGGUGGACUCGUGGCCAAACUUCAAAGCUGUUAUCACCCGGCCACAGAGGGAGAAUGGCAUGGAUGACCUUGACCAUUACACCAACGCAUAUGCAGUUUUCUACAAGGAGCUACAGGCUUACAAGGAGCUACUGGAAAACACAAACACUAUCAACUGGGGACAAAUUUUUCAGAUACAAGGGCUCCAGGAUGGAAUACGUGAAGUAUCUAGAACUGUGGCUUUAUCUAAGAAGGUAGAUGUGAAAACAUCCUCUUUCUGGAUGGUUAUCCAUUCAGACCCAGAUACACUGCCAGAUGUCAGGUUUCGGAUGGACCCCAACUUAACAGUGGCUAAUCUGGACAUCUCCCAUGCCAGCCUGCUCAAUGAAACCUGGUCGCGGGGAGGCAAUCCAAGGUGCCAGCAGUACCUUGCUAACCUCAUUUGCUGCUUCCCCAGUGUCUGUGUCUUGGAUGACAAAGGGUGUCCCCUCUCCUGGGGCCUGACAGACCAGUUUGCCACCAUGAUUCAUGGCUAUACUCUUCCAGAGCAUCGGAGGAAGGGUUAUAGCAGGCUUGUGGCUACCACGUUAGCUAAGAAAUUACAUAGCCAGGGCUUUCCGGCACAGGGCAAUGUCAUAGAGACGAAUAUGCCAUCUGUAGCAUUGCUGAAAAGCAUGAAUGCCCAGUUUCUUCCCUGCUCAUUUUUCAGAAUGAUUCAUACACCUUUUCAUCUUUUAGCGAAACCUCACUUAUAGCUCUACACUCAGUUCAAUUCUUUGUGCACUAUAGGAAUUAUUUUGUGACAUUUAACAACUUGAGUUACAUCAGAUAUCAGACAAGAGGAUCCUGCGUAAGCCUAAAAUCAAAUGUGGUAAUUGCUUGUGACUUCUCUGCUCAUGGCAAACUGCUUGUGGCAAAUCCAAAAGACUUAGGAAUGGAUGUAAGGUUAAUAGUUUUGUUGUAAUUCAGCUGUGCUUGAUAUUUCCUUCAUGUUGCCUCUGACUGAAGAAUUAUUCCUUCGGUAUAACCACUUUCUGGAAUAUCUACAACAGAAUCCUUGGACAUCUCUAACCCCACUUGUCUCACUUGAUAUCAGGCCUCUCCUUUCCUUAGGAUGACUUAAAAGAGGUUAGUCUGUGAAUUUAAGAAGCCGAGAAACCUGUCCCUGUCCUCCUCCACCCAUUCUACUUCCAUGUAGUCCCUUAGCUAAGAAAGGCCCUCUGCAUGAGAGUCAUACUGAGAUUCAACUGAGUAUGUACUACCAUUUUUUUGCUGAAUCUUAAUCCUGAAUCCUUUAGCUCUGGCCCAAACCGGCUUAACCAAGAUCACACAGAAAGACAGACAUAAUGUAAAGGAUUGAGCCUCGGUCAGUUGAGACCCAAGCUACUGUUUUAGCCACGGGCUCAACAGUAAAGUCCUGCUUUUGUUUCCAGAUCAGUUACACCAUGACAAUGCAUUAGCUUUGUAAACUUGUUAAGUAAUAGUGAAAUAAAUACUUAAAAAAACAACCGUCUCACCAAAUACUAUGUUGUCCUUAGUGGGGAAUUAAGUAAUGGGUCAA